UUUCCAUUUGUAAUUGUUAUUUGUUACUUUCGUUAUUGUAAGCUAAAUCAAAGCCAUGGUUUGAACUAGAGUACUGCGGCCCCUGGCCUGCGUACUUCACCCAAACCCGGUCCCAAGGCAACGAACGAAAUUGUUUAGUGACACUUGUUAUGAUCAGGGUAUAUAGAAAGAAAACCACCACAACACUGAAGUUCUUUUGUCAGAUAGAAAUUUAAAAACAACGAAAAAUCAAGUUGAUAAUGAGAAAUUUGGAAGUAUUUAUUUAUUUGUUUUGAGAAGGUGACAUAUCAAUAGCAAUUAGAAUACAUAAUUUAUUUUCCAGUAUAGUUAUCUAGGAUAGUCCUUAAAUAUCCUCCAGAGUAAAUGAGAUAGAUAAGGAAAAGCAUUAAAUCUGAAAAAAGUAUUACAACGGUGAUUGUAUACAAGAUAUUAGACCGGUUCCCUGGCUGUAUGGUUAUUUUUCUUAAUACUGCAAACAUAUAAGCCUCUAAAAUGGCACAUUUUAUUUGGUUGCUGAACCAAGCCAGGGCCAAUAAAAAUGUCAAUAUAAAAGCAACCUAGUAGAGUUACUUCCACUGUUAAUGAUGAAAACGAGAAAAAUAUGACAAAACAAACAUAGGGACGAGAGGCAGACUUGCAAGACGAAAAAGAAAUCAGAUUGUUCACUGUAACAGUGUACGAUCAACAAUGAUAGUCAAAAAUAUAUUUUGUAUCUCCAAAUACUUGUAACGUGGUUAUCUCUUUAGAAAUUCAAGUUCCGUUUCUAAUCAUACGUUUCAUUUGAAACUUUCAAUGAUUAUUUCUACCUGAUUUUAUUAAGCCAAUUAUUGCACUUCCUUAUAAACGUCAGCAUGGUGGCCUCCGCGUUUUCACUGUGAGGUAUUUCCAACCUUUAAUUUUUGACUAGUUUUAAGUACUUGUUAACGCCGAAACUAGGAGAGUAAUUAACCGACUACCUGAGUGUGUGGUAUUCAGAAAGCUUGUUAACCGGGCCUUGUACUAUAUAUUUCUACGGAAUAUCAAGUCAAGUGAAGUCAAGUCAAUAUUUAUUUAUUGUCGGUAGAUAAAAUAACAUUAUAAACAUAGCUAUGUAUAGCUUUUGACCGACAUAGAAUAUAAUAUCAAUUAGAAAUUAUAGGAAAACAGCUAGAUAGUUUUAAAAUUAAUUUAAAAAAUAGAUUUUAUUACGAAUACAGUAUAGUAAAAAACAAGAUAUAUUUUUACCAGCUUUGUCUCUUUUGAUUUGAAAAUUCAAUAAAAUUACUUGCAGGGACGGUGAUAAUCGAGGUCAUUUAUUUCACGCAAUAACUCUUACCAAUUAUUAACAAUUCUUUAACAUGCCUACGUGAAAUGUUUCUAAAGGAUAAGACUGUACAGCUCAGGUUAGAAUUUGAUGCAAAACAAAAACAUUCAAUAAGUAUCUUCUUGUGUGCAGAUUUGUCGCACAUGACCAUUACCAAAGUUUAAGGUAUGGUACACGUUUCCUUAAUAUUUUGUUAAAAUAAAUUAACUUUUUAAAAUUUAAAACACUAUUGUCUUUAAUCUACUAUUAAAAUUUAUUUUCUUUUUUUUAUAAAAUUCGACAAACAUAAAUGAAGCAUAUUUUUUUAAUAUUUGGAUGGUAAAUAAUUAAUACAGCAGUUUUGUAAUUUUAUAUCACUUUUUAAUCUGUAUUAAUCGAUCAAAAUCAAUAAGGUAAUGGAAUGCAACCGUCCGUUGUAUUUCAUCCCUAUCAGCCUUCUGACGUCGUGUUAGCAAAAAAAAUGCAAUUUUAGCAACCUCAUACAUUCGCUUUAAGAAAGACAACAAUUUUAACAUGUUUCAUCAGAUGCAAAUACAUAAUAUAAACAAACGAACGCCAGCUUCUGCUGCAUUAACAGAUUGGAAAAUUAUCUUCUUAAAGUAAAUAUUCAUGAAUGAAGUAUAUAGACAUUCACCUCAUUGAUUUUCGAUUUCGUCUGAAAAAUGUAAAAACAUUUCCUUAAUCACGAAGGAGGAGAUUUUCCAGAUCUGUUUACAAUAUUGAUCGUACACAGGCCAGCAGACUUGCCUCGACUUGCAGCUGAGUUUUUUUUUUAUCUCCUUGAGUAAGGUCGUUUCCAUUAUAACCUUGAAUGAUUCUCACACGUUAAAUGUUGCUCUAGUGUCAUUGAUCUAAGUAUAACUUGGAAGUAAAAAUAGAUAUAAACUAUUUGUGUAUUUUACAAUUUCAUUUCACCACUUUGAUCUUGUUAUUUUACAAUAUCGAUUUUACAUGUUAUAUAUUGUACAUUGGAUGUACUGAAUGAAAACAAUUAUGAUAUAAAUAUAUUGAUCAAAAUCAAUAAGAUAUUGGAUUGCAGUCGUCUGCUGUAUGUAGUCACUAGCGGUUGACGUGAUUUAGGACAAUUGGGCUAUAUAAGUCGCAAGCAUUGCCAGAAAACGUUUGUGGGAUACGACUGUUUCAAGAGCUUUUACAUAUUUAAAGAAAAUUAAGGAUGGAUGACUGGGGAUACACGGCAACAAAUGGUCCGUCCGCAUGGGCGAAGUACUACAUAGAUAAUAAGCCCGGCAUGGGACAGAAGCAAUCACCGAUUGACAUCGUGACGUCACAGGCUGUGUAUGACUCGGACCUAUGUGACGAGGCAUUAAACACCAGAUAUAACCCGGAGAACCAACUGUGCUUGAAGAAUAAUGGACACAGUAUUAUGUGUCAAAUCAAAUCCCAAAAGUCAGAGUUGACGGGCGGGCCGUUAAAAGGUGACACCUACCGACUAGAACAGUUCCAUCUUCACUGGGGAUCUGACGAUACAAAGGGCUCCGAACAUACCAUUGAUGGUAAACAAUAUGCAGCUGAGCUACAUCUAGUUCACUGGAAUGCCUCCAAAUACAAAAACUUUGCUGAAUCAGCAGACAAGAGUGACGGAUUAGCUGUACUUGGUAUAAUGAUUAACGUAGGGAUGGAGAAUCAAUCGUUUAAGGUCAUUACAGACAACAUUGGAAAAGUGAUCUCAAGUAAUUCUGAAUAUUGUAUAGACAUAUCCUUUGAUCCGACCUUUCUGUUGCCCAAUGUUACAUCACAAUAUUGGACGUACGAAGGUUCGUUGACAACUCCACCUUUGUACGAAAGUGUUCAGUGGAUCGUGUUCAAAGACCCGGUUGAAUAUUCGGCGGAACAGAUGAAAAAGUUGAGGAGUUUGAAAGAUUCACACGAUAAAACCCUACAGGACAAUUUCCGGCCGCCAUUACCCGUUCAUAAGAGAGUAGUUCAAGCCUCGUUUAAAUAGAUUUAUUAGUUUUAUUGCAAUUAUCAGCAUCUCUGUUUUAAGAAAUUUCGAAAAAAAUGUUAGUAACCCGUCAAUAUUUUGUCUAAAUCUCCAACGAAAAAUCAACAAUAAAUGAAGACUUACGAGUAAUAGGGUAUCAUAGUCACUUGAAUAUUGUAAGUAAAUGCGAUCCGAAAUCCAGCAUCAGUUUAAGAAAUUAUCCUAAAGAGUAUAUUUGUUAGUGCAUUUUGGCGGCAUUACUUCCAUUCACUGUUCGUGAUUCUGAUAUCUGGGGCUGUUUAAGACAGUGUGUCACUUCAGCAGAUCGAUAUGGACAUAUUUGAUAUAGGAUUGUUCUACCGCUACAUAUUUUACAUGUUAUUUGUUCAAUGAAUUAAAGGGAAAUAAAUUUGAAUUUUCCACUGAGAAGAGUAAAGCAGAUGUUUAACAGGCACAAAAAUACCUAUGAAAUGUGUAAAAUUUCGUUAAAAUAUUUGCUUGUUUUAUAUGCAAGUUAAAACAGCUUGCUUAUCUGAACUCAAAAUCUGGAAGGCUACACCGCUCGUGAAAAUAUUGGUGCUGACAUAUUAUACUAAAUGACCAAUACAAGCAAUUUUAACUAUUCAUUCUUUCAUCUUAAUGGGAUAAUUAUGAAACGAAACUGUAGUUGUAAUGCUUAAAUAGCAUUGAUGAAAUAUUCCAUAGACACGCUGCGAGUAUUGAUAAAUAACAAUGACCAAUUCGUCUUGUUCAGUGUAGUAAUGACGUUGACAUUUAUUGUUGGAUACAGUGUUGUUGUGCUUUCUGGUCCUUUGGGGUCGUAGAAUUCAUUCAAUAUAUGAUAGAAUUCCGUUUAAGCCGGUGCUAGGGGGUGUAAGAGGUGUUGCUAAAUCCAUUACCUCUCAUGAACAAACUGCUAUUAUUUUGCUUGUUUGCAUUCUAUGUUUCCAAAGGACCUUCUUACAUAUUUAAUUUGUUAUAUUAUAUUCAUUUCGAUAAUGUGAUAUUAUGUUUUCAGUAUUUAACAGAGCUUUAGAAUUGAUCUUGAAGAAAGUAUGUUCCGAAGCCCUAUGCUCUUGAAGUUUUGCCUUGUGUUUUGUUAAAAUUAACUAUUGUUGUAAUAUUAAAGUAAUUAUCUUUGUCAGUAUUACGGUAUUAUGUAAUAGUGAUCUUCAUUACAAUAAUCAGUUAUAACAUAUUCAAUGACCUAAUGUUUUCUGAAUGUCUUUACAUUUGUUGAAAUAUGCAUGACCAUUUUCGUUUUCAAGGUCUUCUAAAAUAACUUUGAUGUGUGUGUCAUUUAACUGAGCAAAUGUAGGCUUCAAAGGAAUUUCAUGUAUUUUAGUUAUUACGUGUGUACAUAGUACAGGUUGUUGUUAUGCAACUUAUGAUAACGGCUUGAUGGAAAAAUAAUGCAUCAUGAUAUUGCUUAAGCCAAACUUUCAAGAAUGAUUAAACAGACCACAGAAUGUGUUGUUACUUGAUAAAAAAAUGUAAAAUAAAUAUGAAUAAGA